AUGGCAUGGGGGCUAUUUCUCCUUUUCUUUACCAUUAUAAGCCCAAUUAGCAAUCUCGCUAGCAAAACUGAUGAUUCCAUUAGCGAUUUUGCUAGAGUUUGCAACGAUAACUUAACUUUUAAAACCAAUUCCACAAAUUUAAACUUCGAAAACAAUGUGAAUUUACUCCUAUCAGUUCUUACUUCCGAGUCAUCUCAUUUACGACAUCCACCAUUAAAAUUUUUCAAUACUUCUGUGGGUAGAGUUUACGAAAGAGCUUAUGGUUCUUAUUUGUGUCGAAAUGAUUUAAGUUCUAAGCAAUGUCACAACUGUAUAGUAAACGUAACAAACUUUAUGUUCGAUCUAGAGUUUGGCUAUUCAGAUUGUAUAGGAUUUGAUUUCACCAUUCAAUGUAUAGUACGCUAUGCAAAAUCGUCGAAAUUUUCAUUAUACGAGGAAGGUUUUGGACUCACGUAUCAACCAAUUGGAAACAAUGUAACAAAUUAUAAAGAAUACAACAAGGUGUUGUUAGAUACAAUGCAAAGUCUUGUUGAAGAAGCUCGUUAUGGCAAUUGGACAAAGGCUAAUUUCACGACUAGAGAAGUUGAAGUCACAGGAUAUAAGGAGAAAAUAUAUGUACUUGUUCAAUGCACACCCGACAUUUCUGCUAUAAAUUGUAGUAAUUGUUUAAGCGAAUUAAGUUCACGUGUUCCUAAUUGUUGCAAUAAUUCUCAAGGUGGAGUUCUUGCCCAUGCUAAUUGCUUAAUGAAGUAUGAUAAUCGAUCUUUCUUUGGUGAAGCAUCAAGUAGUUUUAUGCCAACAUACAUCUAUGUGAGUUUCGUCUUGUUACUCAAUAUAUUCUCAUUUAUAUGA